GGAUCUUUUUCUCCUCCCUUUAUAAUUUAGCCAAAUUUUCGCUGUUUCCUUGCGGGAUCCUUGCCAAGACCAGCUCGAUCUCAAAUCCUCUCACUUACUUCGCGCUCAGUUCAUUCGAACAGACAUCAAACGUUCUUGACAACCACUGAAUGAAUCAAGAUGGAGGCUGUAGAAGUUGCGAGUGAAUUGACAGCGACGGCUGGCAACACGGAUCCCGACUCGUCGGAAGACAGCACGUCCUGUUACGAGUACGAGGAAGACUACAGGGACGAGCAGGUCGCAUCAUUUGUUACUUUUCGGUCUCAAUCCCUUCAAUCCAAACCUGGUUCAAAGCCUGAUCCUUCCACUUCACACAAAGCUGGAGAGGAGCACAAUCGGGAGCAACAACAGGAUUUAGCGGAGUUUGCAGAGCUUGCCGUGGCCAGGAUUGUAGCGGACCAACAAUCGAGGAUAGCAAAAGAAAACCAAUCGAGUGCGAUAAGUCGAGGUACUCGUGAUGUUGACUUCCCGAUGGAUGAACCAUCGCGUGCUGCCUCAGAAGACUUCCCGAUCGAGGAGCCACCGAGAAUAUCUCCCGUCCCCAUUCGAGCCAAAUACUCGUGUGAUUCUUCGACCAAUGCAGUGUACUACAAUGAUCCUCCGGCAACGCUGAUCAUUCAAUCGUUCAAGUCACGUGCAGCACCAUUUACUACACCAGAUGACCUGAGUGAUAUCAGUCCUGUUCUCCAAUCCAACUACGCUGACAAGAUUACAAGCGUCUCUCCCAUAAAGAAGAAGCAAAAGGCCAAGAACAAUGACUUAGGGGAUAGAGUUGCCUUGGUGGAGGGAACAGGGAGAUCUGAAGAUCCGGAAAAAGGUCAUGAUGAAGUAUUCGUCGACUCAGCAGGGAAAUGUAAAGGAGGGAAGCACAGGGGGAAAUAUGCAAUUCUGAUUGCUCUUUUGGCGCUCUUUGUUCUGAGUGCCGCUGCGUACUUGAUCAUGUAUAUUCUUGACUAUGUACGCAGCAAUGAUCAUCAAAGCGCAGCUCAAAUCAGUAUCAUCGAUGUGAUCAAAACAAUAGACACGACGACAUCAGUGGGUGACUUUGUUGGCUUGAGGCCAACCACAAGCAUGGACCCAUAUCAAUCAGGCUGUGGGUUUGAGAACUACACCCUUCCACACGUGAUAGGCCAGUGCAAAUGCGACGGAGAAAUUACCAUGCUCACCAAUGAGGUUCGAGAGAAAUACUAUUCCAUCAACAUGCUGUUUAUUUCCUUGAACAUUUCGGACGCUUGGGAGCUACCUGAGGAGUCCUGUGAUCCGAGAAAUCAAGCCAUGAUCUGGCUUGCAACUACCUACCCUCGAGACAGAAGCGACUUGAUCCAAAAGUACGCGCUAGCUAGCUUCUAUGUCCAGAUGAGGGGUCAACAAUGGGUCGACAAUGAUGGUUGGCUAGAAGAUGAAGAUACAUGCGGCUGGAAUGGGAUUGAAUGCGAUGACAUGGGAUUGGUCAACAAAAUUGUUCUUGAUGGGAGUGGUCUGCAAGGCUCUAUAUCGCACGAACUGUCGUUGCUCAGUGGUCUUGAAAGCUUGUCACUGCGCGGCAAUAGCAUCUCCGGUACAAUACCUUCCGGGCUGUUCUUGAUGCCAAAGAUUAGGGAGCUAAAACUUGCGUUCAACGGCAUAACUGGAAGCAUUCCGCCCGAGAUUGCUUCUGCAUCUAAUCUCGAAGUCUUGCUCGUCGACAUGAACGAAUUGAAGCAAGAAGUCCCAUCUGAGGUUGGAGGGGCCACUGGACUGAUACAGCUCAACCUCGGUUUCAAUCAAUUUCAGGGCGCUCUUCCCUCCGAACUCUUCCAACUCUCCAACCUACAAGAGCUGACCUUGGAAGGGAACACAAGAAUCACCGGGCGCUUACCAUCUACGAUCGCCAACCUACAAAGCCUCCAAAAGUUCUCAAUAUCCAACACCAAUAUGCUCUCGCGUAUACCAUCGUUGUUGGGGACCCUGACCAAUUUGAGAGUCAUCAAAAUGGCCAACACACAACUGAGUGGGGAACUUCCCAGGGAAAUGCAAACAUUGACAAACCUUAAUCACGUGGAUUUGAGCAAUAAUAAGUUCCGCCGUAGACUUCCGUCUUUCUUUGGUCAGUUUUCGUCUCUGACCUAUCUCAGUCUUCACGACUGUCUCUUCAGUGGCACGAUUCCUGCCCAACUGGGUAACAUUGCUGGUCUCUUCCAUUUGUCGCUUCAUGGCAAUAGACUCCAUGGCACCGUCCCAAAGGAGCUUGGUCGGCUAAGUUCCUUGGAUACGUUAACAUUGCAAGACAAUCUACUGACGGGAAGGGCUCCAAGAGAGGUUUGCAAUCUGCGUCGGGAAGAGUUGAUUGUGUUUACGACGGACUGUAGCGAUGGGGCAAGGGGUGUGCUAUGUCCGGUACCAAACUGCUGUACAGAUUGUCUGGCGCGUCCAACGACGUAGGUUUGUUUCACCGUUUGAAAGUACCGUCCAUCUGCUUGGGUCUCUGCAGGUGCAUUCGAGAGUGAUGGGCAAGUGAGAGGCUUCCGGCUCUCCACCAUGUCGAUGAGGCGACUCGACUCCUCUAUUUACCUAUGCACUUCUCCUGGGUAUUGCAUAAGGAACUGGUGUGACAUGGUUAAUUAAAACUCUACUGAAUGAUGCAGUGCAAUUACUCCAACAGAGCUACCUCGUGCGAUGGAUUGCUAACUAUGUGAGGCGACUUGAUUACCAAUAGCUGGGUUGCCAGCGAUGCUAGUCCGGCCUCGGUUUGGGUGCUUGGAUCUCUGCCACUUUGAAACAACCAACAGAAAACAACAAACCCUUGUGGUCUAGGUGCUUUGAAAAUAAACUUGAUUGAAUCUUUUGCACAAUAUUGUAACGCGGACUACUAGCUGGUAAUACCAGGGCACUUUAUAUUGCAGCCA